AAAGCAGACAAAGUAAGAGAACAUAUGAGAAGCACACAGAAUGAAGGUGAUAUUCAAAUUCGCAUUUUGUUGGACAAGAUUGCAAAAACGGAUGCUGAUACCGGAGUUUGGGAUACUAUAAAGAAAGAACUUCAAGUAUAUAAUGCUGAAGCUCGGAGAUUGAUGUCAGCUAAGCUAGAGUUGUCUGUUAAACUUGAGCAGGCCACUAAGGAAUUGGAUCUCACAUAUGAAAAUAUUGAAAAAAAUCCGGCUAUGAGUUCGGAACUUGCUAGCCUGAGGCGAGAAUAUCAAAGAUUACGCAAGACUUUUGAGUAUGAAAAAUGCACAAACGUGGAGAAAGUGGAACAAAUGAAGAUUUUGGAGAGAGACCUGAUUGGGAUAGCGGAAGAAGUGGAUAUUUUGCGUGCUGCGGUGUUGAAUGCUGAGACGAGGGCUAGCGGUGCGGUCUCAUAUAGCCGUUCGUAUAUGAACUUGAAUGGUAGAUAUCCACUUCCCUAUUAUGGUAAUGGUGGUUACUCAGACAGUUUCGGUAUAGCUCAUCCUUGUAUAGUUAAUGGAGCUCUACCAGAGGUGAUCAAUCCAUAUGACAGUGUCGGUAUAGCUCAUCCUCAUAUGGUUAAUAGAGGUCCAGCGGAGAUGAUGAAUCCAUAUCACAAUGUUGGAUUUCCAGUCGGCCCUGUUGGCGCUGCUUGGGGAGGGUUUUAUACUUUCUCACCAGCAGUUGGCGCUCCACCUUUCAGUUCUCCUCCGGUGAGUAAUAUUGUUUUUGAAGAGGUUAGUGAUCUGUCUAAUGCUUAGACGUAGAUAUCAUCAACUGCAAUAGGAUCUUGAACAAAUGUCAGUAACUUUAUGGCGUUUUUGAUCAAUGAAAUUGGAUCGAAUGUAUUUUCUGUCGUCGAAGGGCUGGGCAGAUCGACAAGGACUCCCGUGAGUGCCACGAUUCACUCUUUGCCGGCAUAAUCAGAACUUAUGCUAAAGCUGGUUUGUUUGAUGAAACUUAUUCUCUGUUGGAGACAAUGGUAGAGGAAUAUGCAUUUAUCACUUUUUGUUUGUUGUGGAGAAUUGGGCAUGGUUGGGAAAUGUAGGCACAUGAAAUUGGUCGUGGAUGCCCUUUGUUCAGAGCUUGCACUACAUGUUUUCCCCAUGAAAUGGACCAUCAUUUGUGCUAUAUAGGAUCGUGGUUUGUGCCAUGACCAAGAUUAACCUAGGCUAGUCAUUUCUUGUAAUCUUUCGCAUAUUUCAUUCGUUAAAUUGCCGCUUCGACUUCGUUUAUAUAAUUACCCUACAA